UUGCUAAGGCAUGCCAGCUUGGUCCAUUCAAACGGUGAAGGUGCCUUCAUCAUGGAGGCUGAUUGGGAUGAGCUUGCCAUCGUCCAGCUCCCGCCACCCGGGCUACACCUCCCUGCCACCCCGGUAGCAACCCUCGCCUUUGACACUUCCCAGGAACUUCUCUGGACUGGUAAUGACUAUGGGAGAGUCACAUCCUUCUACGGACCCUCGCUCGAACGCUACACGUCAUAUCGCGCACACGGCGCCUCGGAAGGCGCUGUCAAGCAGAUACUCUUUACCGAUAAAGGCAUCAUCUCUGUCUCUAAACAAAGCGUUCACUAUUCUCUGCGGCGAGGUAUUACACAAUGGCAUCUUACAAACUCCGAGUUCAAGGAAUUGCGCUGCGUAAACUUCACCUCCAAAGGCACGCGUGAGAUACUAGUAGCAGGAUGUCAAGACGAGAUGUUCAAGAUCGACGUCGAAAAGGGCGUGGUGACGGACACCUUGGAUGCUGAAGCUCAGUACACUAUCAUGAAGAGGGCCGGCCAAUAUUUGUGCGCUGCUACUAAGAAUGGAGGCAUUCACGUCUUGGACUCUGGCACUCUCUCUGUUAUCAAGAUGUUCGAGGGCCACACCGGUAGCAUAAGCGAUAUGGACGCUAAGGGCGACUUUCUCGCGACCUGCGGCUGGUCUCCGAGGCAGCAGUUUGGCUUUAUGCUAGACCCCUUCACCAAUGUCUUCUCACUCAAAACUCUCAAACAACUUCCGCCCAUUCCCUUCCAUACUGGCGCCGCCUUCGUGCGUAUGCAUCCUCGUAUGUCCACCACUGCCAUUAUCGCAUCCCAGAAUGGGCAGAUGCAAGUUAUAGACCUCAUGAAUCCAGACUCGGCCAACCUCCGCCAGAUCAAUCUGUAUGAUUCAUACCUGACCGGGUUUGAAAUGGCUCCCUCUGGAGAAGCCUUUGCUCUGGCCGAUUCCAAUUGCAACAUUCAUCUGUGGGGUUCGCCCUCCAAAGUACAUUUCCCAGAGUACAGUAACCCCACAGAAUUUUCUGACGCUCUCGUGGCGCUUCCGACUAUGGACUGGUCACUGGACACUCCCCUCAGUACUGUAGGCAUGCCGUUCUACAAGGAGCAGCUUCUUUCGGGCUGGCCGAGCCAUAUGGUCUUUGCUGUCGGUGCACCGCCUCCGAAGAUAGAUAAUGCCAUAUUGAACAGCAUGACCCGGACCGAUGUUGGUUUCUUUGCAAAGAAUCCUCGCACAAAGCGCAGAUAUCAGGUUGAAAACACACGCCAGACAGAUCGCACAAGCGAUUCCUUGACCGCUCCUAAAUUCCUGAGUGAAAAGGCACGCGCUGCACAAUCUUCGAGCGAGACGGAUACGAAAAUGGCCGAGACAAUGGAAACGCUGACCGAUCUGCAUCUGGACCACGUGACUAGAAAAGACGUACCGGCCAUGUAUGGCAACGUUGAGAUCAAAUACAGUAAAUUCGGUGUCGACGACUUUGAUUUUGCCUACUACAACUCGACCCAGUAUUCAGGCUUGGAAACACACAUCUCCAAUUCAUACGCCAAUCCGCUGCUGCAGCUCUUCCGUUUCACACCCAUGAUUCGCAACCUAGCGCUCCGACACACUGCUUCACCGUGUUUGUUCGAAUCCUGUCUUCUAUGUGAACUUGGAUUCCUUAUCGACAUGCUGGAGAAAGCUGCUGGUCUCAACUGUCAAGCCUCCAACUUCCUGAAAACGUUUAGCGGGCUUUCGAAUGCAGUGUCGCUCAACCUUCUCGAAGAAUUCGCACCCAAUGUCGCGCUGACAACGAUGAUUCAAGCCUUUGGACGCUUUCUUCUUGAUAAAAUUUCCGAGGAGUUUCGUCAAAUGCUGCCUAACCAUAGCGGACCGUCUAUGAUGGACGAGGUAUUGGAAACGCAAGCGAGAGCUAGUAUGAGGUGUGCACAGUGCCACAACGAGACAAUACGGGGUGGACGAACAUUUGUUAAUGAACUUGUAUAUCCUGCAAAGCACGCAAUCAAGAGUUCGCGAGGACCGAGGCCCACGUUUUCUCAGAUCCUCAAAGCGAGUGUCGAGCGCCAGGACCAGACUAGAGGCUGGUGCAACAAGUGCAAUAGAUACCAACAAAUGGUGCAGAGGAAGACGAUACAGUCCAUUCCUGGUGUUCUCGUUCUCAAUGCCGCCAUCCAGACCCAUGAGGCAAAACUUCUGUGGUCCAUCCCUAAUUGGUUACCACAAGAGAUUGGUAUCAUAGUAGAUCAAGGCCAAUUCUAUUGCUUUGAAGGGCAGGAUCUGAAACUCCACCUGCAGCGGGGCGUGUUUAAUAUUAUGGUGUACGAGCUCAUCGGUAUUGUAGCGGACAUUAAUAGUGGCGAGCAUCAAAAGCCCCACCUCGUUGCCACCAUCAACACAACGCCAUCCUCGCGCAAUUCAGAGACCGAAGACAAAUGGCAUCUAUUCAACGAUUUCCUGGUUAGACCUAUACCAAAAGAGGAAGCGCUGCGAUUCGAACCGAGCUGGAAACUUCCGUCGAUCCUCACUUUCCAGUCGAAGGCUGCACGGCACCGAAUUGACGACUCCUGGAAAGACAAUCUCGAUACAUCGAUCUUGUACAGGUGGUGGUCUUCUAACCCUGCUCCUCCAGAUGAAAAGUUCAAGCUACUGGACGCAACUAUUGAGACCCCACGCCCCGGCUACCCUGUAGCGAUCGAUGCUGAGUUCAUCCGCCUGCAAUCCGAGGAAAUUGAGAUGAAAGCAGAUGGCACGCGCGAGACGAUCCGUCCAGACCGCAAAGGCCUUGCUCGAGUAUCCGUGUGUCGUGGCGAAGGUGAACAAGCAGGACUUCCCUUCAUCGAUGACUACAUUGCCGUCGCAGAGCAUGUAGUCGACUACCUCACAGCGUGGUCUGGCAUCUCCCCGGGUGAUCUCAACCGCGAGACCUCGCGUCACGCGCUCGUCUCGCUCAAACAUGCCUACAAGAAACUAUGGCUCCUCCUCAACCUCGGCUGCGUCUUUGUAGGCCACUCCCUUGCCAACGACUUCCGAACCAUCAAUAUGCACGUCCCCCGUAAACAAGUCGUCGAUACCGUUGAUCUUUUCUUCAAGCCCUCUCUCCACCGCAAACUCAAUCUGAAGUUUCUAGCAUGGUGCGUCCUCAAAGAGAAGAUUCAACAAGACACACACGAUUCCAUUGAGGACGCAACUACUGCGCUGAAGCUGUGGCGCAAGUACGAGGAAUUUUCAGAUGCGGGUGUGCUGGAGCAAAUGCUCGAUGAUAUCUAUGCGACGGGGAGUCAAGUGAGGUUUCGUGCGCCCGGUAGCGAGACCAAAGCACAGCCAUCGACCUCAUCGCAUCAGCAAAAGGCUAGCGGUGGUGGCGGUGGGGAUAGGGACACGCCUGAGCCCGGGGAAGGUGGAAGUGGUGGUGUGUUGACUACGCCACGCAAAGGCAAUGCGUUUGGAAGGGUUGGGUUUAGGAGUCCUAUGAGGUAA